CGAUAUCCCAACCGGCAACCCAAGGGAAAUCACUCCGCAAUCAGACGAGCCUGGCUUUACCCGCAACGUCUCAUCGUUCGUUUUUCCCCGUGGAGGUCUCAUGAUGCCCUUGAUGUGGGGAGUGCCUCUGCAUUUACCCCAGCCCCCGGAUCUCCUCCGCAUCCCAUCGCCGGAGCUCCUCUCACCACCCCUACCCUUGUCUUUGUCGUGAUAGUUUCUCCUCGGCAGGCAGACGUCCCAAAGGUCUGGUUCUGGAGGUGACAUUGUACUCGGUUUCCGCGCCAAUUGCAAAGUUGUCCGAGUCGACGUCCUUUUUCGCCUAGUGUAAAUGCCGACUUCGCUGCAACUCCGUCAUACAGCUGCUUGACUGGCCCCCCAAGUUGACGGAGAAGAACCCGGGUGUAGGAAAGACCGCCGGUAUUCAUCCUCCGUUGCCCCAGCAUUGCAUUCGGUCCUUACACUACACGAAAUAUAAAGACACGCAGAAUCCCAGCUUUCUGGUUCUGGCUGCCAACUCAAGAGGUCCAUCUCCACCCUCGAGGCAACCCCCAUUCCCCUCCUCCUCCUUAAGCAAAGCCUUUCGUCAACCCCACAAGUCCAACAUCGACAGUGACAACGAUGGACUUCCUCCGUCGACGUCUCCCCGCCCCGAGGCAAGACCAGCAGGCCCGUCUAGCCCGCAAGCAGGGCGGGACAGCAGCGGCCAACGAGGCCUACCAGCCGUCCCGCGUCGCGCAGCUGGCCCAGGAGGCUCCCAUCUGGUACAAGUCCGCCGCCCGCCGCAAGCUCUACUUCCUCCUCUUCCCGGCCGCCGUCGUCUCCUACGCCACGAGCGGCUACGACGGCUCCAUGAUGAACUCCCUGCAGACCGUCUCCUACUUUGACGACUUCUUCGACAACCCCCGCGGCGCGGUGCUGGGCCUGAUGAGCGCCAUCAUGGCCCUCGGCAGCAUCUGCUCGACCCCGAUCGCCCCCUGGGUGGCGGACAAGUUCGGGAGGCGGUGGGGGAUCACCGUCGGCAGCUGCAUCAUGAUCGUCGGCGCCAUCCUGCAGUGCGAGAGCACGGCCUUCGCCAUGUUCGUCGUGAGUAGGUUCGUCCUCGGGUUCGGGCUGUCGUUUGCCACCACGUCGGCCCCGAGUCUGGUCAGCGAGCUGUCACACCCCAAAGAUCGUGUGACCAUCACGGCCAUCUGCAACACUUGCUGGUACGUUGGUAGCAUCGCCGCCGCAUGGAUCACGUACGGCACUCGAACGAUCCCGAGCACCUGGUCCUGGCGAAUCCCCUCUCUUCUCCAGAUGGCCCCGAGCGUGGUGCAGCUGGCUGCCAUCUGGUUCCUGCCCGAGUCUCCCCGUUGGCUCAUCUCGAACGAUCGCGGCGACGAGGCCCUGGAAGCCCUGAAGCAAUACCACGGCGAGGGCGAGGAGACGGAGCUGGUGAGGCUGGAGUUUGAGGAGAUCCGGGCGGCCAUCGACAACGAGAAGAGACUUGGAAGCACGACCUGGAAGUCCAUGGUCAAGACGAAGGGCAACCGAUACCGCAUGUUCCUCGUCAUCUGCAUGGGUUUUUUCUCACAGUGGUCCGGUAACGGGUUGAUCGCGUACUACCUGUCAAGGAUCAUGGACACCGUUGGCAUCACGAACAAGAACACCCAGGCGCUGGUCAACGGCCUGCUCAACAUCUGGAACUUCGGCCUCGCCCUCACGACGGCCUUCUUCGUCGAGCGGAUCGGCCGCCGCCCGCUCUUCCGCGUCUCGACCUGCGGCAUGCUCGUCGUCUUCAUCGGCUGGACCAUCGCCUCGGCCCGCUUCGCCGAGACGGGCGCCAGCUCGGCCGGCAUCGCCGUCAUGGCCCUCAUCUUCCUCUACCAGGUCUUCUACUGCAUCGCCUUCUCGCCGCUGCCCGUCGCCUACUCGGUCGAGGUGCUGCCCUACUCCAUCCGCGCCAAGGGCAUGGCCACGUACGUCUUCGCCACCAAGGCCGCCGUCUUCGUCAACCAGUACGUCAACCCGAUCGGCAUCCAGAACAUAGGUUGGCGAUUUUACAUCGUCUACGUCGCCAUCUUGGCCGUCGAGGCCUGCAUCGCGUACGGGUGGUUCCUCGAGACCAAGGGCAAGGCGUUGGAGGAGAUUGCCGUCAUCUUUGACGGCGAGGAGGCCAAUGUCAGGACUGCGGAGAACGGAAAGGGCGAGGGGCCUUAUGAUGUCGAGGAAACAGAGCAUGCGACGUCCAAGGUUUGAUUUGGCUGGUUUUUGUUCUUUCAUUGAGGCAGGGUAUUUAUCUGGAGCAUCUCCGUCAGAUCAAUCACAAGCAUUCGGCCGAUCGCGUACAAAUGUCCAGUCGAUGUAUUGGGUCAUUCAGCAUUGGUAAAGGAACGAGCUCAUGCUACAGGGUAUAGAAUGUGGAUUUUGCCUCUAUGGAGCUGUUCGAUUCGAGUCUAACGUGCUUUCGAAACUGACCACAAUAAGACUCCUAUCGUGCUUAAAACUAGUUCUCGCCGAACCCCCGGCCAGCCAUGAGC